AACUUUGAGGAAAACUUGCCUUCCCGAUGUUGUGCAAUCAGGGUUGCCCGUCAACAAUUUAUCAAGUGGCCAGAGACGAUGACUUCUGCCAAUCUCGAAUCCCAUCUUGUUGAGAUCGACCGUAAGUUGAGCAUUUGAGGUGAGGAUUCACUAAAACAUGUUGUGAAGUUGGUCAACAACUACGUACCAUCGACGGUCAAGAGUACUCUGAAUGAAGAUACCGGUAUGUUUGUCUCGUUUUACCUUCCUCGAUCUGCAUGAAAGAUGUCUCGAUCGUCGGAUUGGUACUCAAUAAAGCACUUUUCCAUGAGUAGUACCGAAGACCAUAGGGUAUAAAAUAACCUCAUUGAUAAACUGAUGCUUCAAUUUCAAUCACAAUUCGAGCCGUACGCAAGUACAAACGUUUGAUUGGUGGUAUUUCUAUAAAGCGCUUUUGAAGCUUUAAGGGUCAAGCACAUCUCCCAAACUGGAUUUGUACGCAUCAAACAAGGAAAGGAAGAUUCCAUAUAGAACGCAAUGACGCCGGUAGGUAUAAGCGUGGUCAAUUUGCAUGGAUGUUGAAAUCUUGAAUCUUGUCCACAGCUAUAAAUAGAUUUGCCAGCUUGCCUUAUAACCAUCAGUUUGUUUUGCGCUCAACCAUACGAACAACAACCAAAACCCCUAGCAACUUCCACCAUGUUUCCCAAGACCGUAUUGAUCCUUCUUUGCACUUCUAUUGCGGGUUUCUUAGCUCUGCCUCAACAAUAUCCUGAUGGACAAAGCCCCAGCCCCAAUCAACAAGGUUACCUCCUACCUGCCGAUGCUGAGACCUUAUUAGCCCAGCCUUUAUCUUUGGGAUUCUCUUGUGAGGCUAGGGAGUACGGCUAUUAUGCGGAUGUGAGCAACAACUGCCAGAUCUUCCAUAUUUGCUUGCCUAUUGAGGAUGACGCAGGGUCUGUGAUUGAAACGGCUCAAUGGUCGUUCAUUUGUGGCAAUGGAACCAUCUUUGACCAACAAACACUGACCUGCAACUACGAGCUGGAUGCCGUGCCUUGUGAUGCGGCCGAAUCGUUGUACAACACGGUUGAAUUCGGUAAACUUGUGCCCGACUCCGACUACUGAUUCAGGAAAGGGCUCAAUUUGUACA